AAAAAGGGGAUUAGUAAUACCUCUGUCAACAUCGGAUGUGCCAAGUUUCAUAUUCACAUGACAAAAUGUAAAGAAACACGACACAAACUAAAAUAAAAUGACUAUUAAGACAGAACAGAAGAGAGAGUAGUUAAGUCUGGUGGUUUUCAGCUCAUCUACUUCCAUCCACCUUCCUCUUCAAUUUCUCCCUCUCUUUAAAACCUCUCUCUCUCCAUCUCCAUCCCCAAAAAAUGGAGAUCUGCACAUACUUCAAAUCCCAGCCCACAUGGCUCCUCGUCCUCUUCACCCUCGGCUCCCUCCAAAUCCUCAAAUUCACCCUCACCCUCCUCACCACCCUCUACAUCUACUUCCUCCGCCCCUCCAAAAACCUCCGCCGCUACGGCUCCUGGGCCAUCAUCACCGGCCCCACCGACGGCAUCGGCAAAGCCUUCGCCUUUCAGCUCGCCCACAAAGGCCUCAACCUCGUCCUCGUCGCCCGUAACCCCGACAAGCUCAAAUCCGUCUCCGACGCCAUCAGAUCCAAACACUCCAACGUCCAGAUCAAGACCGUCGUCAUGGACUUCGCCGGAGAUGUCGACGACGGUGUGAAGAGGAUCAAGGAGGCGAUAGAGGGGUUGGAAGUUGGGGUUUUGAUUAAUAACGCCGGGAUGUCGUAUCCUUAUGCUAAGUAUUUUCAUGAGGUGGAUGAGGAGUUGGUUAAGGGGUUGAUUAAGAUUAAUGUGGAGGGGACUACGAAGGUGACGCAGGCUGUGUUGGUUGGGAUGUUGGAGAGGAAGAAGGGGGCGAUUGUUAAUAUGGGUUCUGGUGCUGCUUCGUUGAUCCCUUCUUAUCCUUUUUACUCUGUUUAUGCCGGUGCUAAAACGUAUGUGGAUCAGUUCACGAAGUGUCUACAUGUUGAGUAUAAGAGGAGUGGGAUUGAUGUUCAAUGCCAGGUACCCUUGUAUGUUGCGACAAAGAUGACUUCAAUAAGAAGAGCAUCGUUCUUAGUGGCAUCUCCAGAGGGUUAUGCAAAGGCAGGACUGCGUUUUGUAGGGUAUGAAGCACAAUGCACACCCUACUGGCCUCACGCCCUCAUGGGUUAUCUUGUCUCUUCAUUGCCCGAGAGCGUCUUUGAUUACUUUAACGUUAAGAUGUCCCUCAAGAUCAGGAAGAAGGGUAUGCUUAAAGACUCCAGGAAAAAGGAAUGAAAACUUUUUGAGAAUGCAAACAUUUUCUUCUGCAGCAGUUGGUUUCUUGAAAGUUUCUGUUUAGACAUUGUAAGACUUGUAUGCUUUGGUUUCCACUUUCCGAUGUUGCCAAGGUUGUUUCCUUCUUUUAUUAGUGUCAACUAAUCAUUCAUGUCCUCUCUCUCUUUAUUUAUUUAAAUAAAACUGAAUGUUGGA